AUGUCAGCGCCCGAGUGGAAAAGUGCCGCUCAAGAUUUCGUUCAUGGAAAUCAAGAUAGCUCGUUGGGACCGAUUGUUGAAGAUGUCAAAGCAGGACACUUGAAGCUUGUGGAGCUAGUAGAAGGUCUGAGGGACUACCUUACAAGUGGCGAUGUGACUGUGAGAUGUCGAGGUACCAGUCUCUUAUCAGGCCUCAUCAACAAGCUUUCUGCCCAACAUCUCAACACACAAGAAGUUGAUGUAUUGGUUGCAUUCUUCAGUGAUCGCUUGAAAGAUCACCAUUCUAUAACGCCACAAGCGCUGCAUGGACUUAAAGCUCUGAGUGAAUGUUCAGGGUUAACAGAUGAAGGUGUCCAGGCAAUAUGUAACAGCAUAUUUAAAGAGGUCACUGUGCAGUCUUUGAGCCAGGCAGACAGGAGAACCAUUUAUAAUAUAUUGCAAUCAUUUCUUAUACAGAAACUUACAGCCCUGCAGAAAUUUGGGAAUAGCUUCGUCUACAGUUACAUCCAAGUGAUGGAUGGCGAGAAAGAUCCCAGGAAUCUCUUAAUUGCUUUCAGAUCUGUUGUAGCCAUCAUACAACACUUCCAAAUAGGAAUGUUUGCUGAAGAAUUGUUUGAAGUGACAUCUUGCUAUUUCCCCAUCGAUUUUACACCACCUCCAAAUGAUCCCUAUGGCGUCACAAGAGAGGAACUGAUCAUAUCUCUAAGGCAUGUGUUAGCUGCAACGCCCUUAUUUGGUCAAUACUGUUUUCCACUAAUCAUGGAAAAAGCGGCUUCUGACAUUACUGCAGCAAAGAUCGACUCUUAUGAUACAUUGGCUGUGUGUAUUCCUGUCUAUGGGAUACAACUAUUGAAUGAAUACAACAUGGCAUUAUGGAAUGCUAUUAAGAAUGAGGUGCUAAGUGCAUCAAAUACCCAAGUAGAACAGGCAACACUUGGAGCAUUGAAUGCUGCUGUGAAGACUUACAGUGACUCAAACAAACAGAGUUCCAGUAUGGAUGGAUUUGGAAAGGAUUUCUUGGACAGUGUUUGCAAAGACUGUCACAAGGGUAUCUGCAAUGCUGACCUGAAGGUGCUCUACCCUAAUAGCAAGCUGAUAGAGUCAUGUCUUGCCACACCACAGUCCUGUCAGUAUAUGUUGAACAAGACAAUCCCUGUCAUUCUGGAGCAGUUUCAUACCAAUACACAGCCCAACAGAAGGCGUAACAUUUUAGACAUACUUCUUCGAUUAAUUCGUAGAGCCCAAACUUUCCAUGAUAGCACAAACAAUCCUAUUGGUCAACACAAAGACCCCUUAGUGACACUAUUCAUCUCCAUUUUGAAUGACAAUAAUUCCCAGUUGCGUAACUUGGGGGUAUGUGGUCUCGCUGGAAUGGCCGCGUGUGAAGGCCUUUUGAAUGCAUCGGAGGUGGAAAUGAUAUCAGAGCACAUGUUGCAACUUUUACUCAAUGACCACGAGGCUAGUGUUAGACAGGAAAGUACAGCUGCCAUUGCAUAUAUAGCCAGCAAGUACCCUGCUAUGAUUCAAGAGAAGGUUCUUCCAGCUCUCAAUGAGAGACUGACACAAGAACCUAUGGAAACAGAAACAGAGAUAGCUAAUAAUCUGAGCAAUAGUUUUAUCCUGGAAACCAUGGCAGCUAUAUGUACAGAGCAUUCCCUGGUUAAACCGAUAGUACAAAUUCUAGUCCAGUAUAUGAAGCGUGACGUAAAAGAUUCCCCCUCCCUCAGUAUAGACACAUACAAGGCAGCUGAGUGUGUAUUAUCAGUAGUAAAACAGUCUGCAAACUUUACUGGAAAUGUGGACUUUUAUACAUCUCAGCUUAUGCCAGAUCUUAUCAGAAUAUGUGUUCACAGUGCAAUAGAUGGGGCUAGUAGUACCAAUUCAAAUGAGGGUGUUCUUACCCAUGUUGCAGCAGUGCUAAGGACCAUAGUGCAACAGUUGUCUCAAGGGCAGGCUCUGAGUGUACUUGGAACUGCAAAUUGCAUAUUUUUAGAGGGAAACCUAGAAUCAAUUAACAUUACAUCUGAUCAGCCAUUUCUACCUCUAGAGGUAUCUUCACCGGAAGGCCACCAUGCUACUCUGCCACUAUUCACUGCAAUUGUUUGCUCCCUUCCCUCAAAUACCAGGAUAGAGGAUUUACGUGAACUAUGUGAAAAGGUGUACAAUCUUUGUAAAAGCACUUUGAAUAUCAAGAUCUGUGAAGAUGCAUCUAAAUGUCUUGCUGGCCUCCUUAAUAAAUAUCUCAAAGACGCAGGCAUCCAGGAAUUGUUGGGUAACAUUCUAGAAGAUCUAGGCAAAUCUAUAGAAGACGCUGACAAUGAGACAACCCUGAGGUGUCAUCAUGUCACAACUUGGACAUGGAUUACCAAAGCUCUGGUUCUAUCUGCCCAUAUGAAGUCAAUGCAAUUUACUAAAGAGAUUGUAAAGUGGUUUGAGUAUCCUUUACUUGGUUCUACAUCUGCUGAAGGGUUUUAUGUCAUCUUAAAUGAAUAUGAUGACAUCAUGCUUCCCACAAUGCAUGCUGAUGUAAAGAUAUUGUACCGACAGCGAUUCUUCCAGCAAACACUCCCAAUUCUAAUGGAAGGUUUCAAUAACACAAAACCAGAGUUUAAGCAGCAUUAUUUGACCGGGCUGUCCCAUCUAUUGAGGUUCCUCCCUAAACAGGUCCUCAAAACUGAACUGCCACCAUUGAUGCCAAUGCUAGUACAGUCCCUGUGUUGCAAUGUGACAUCCCUGCAGCUUGCCACUAUGGGGACACUCUAUGACUUGCUGUUUGAUGCACCCAUGGUUCUAGCCAAAUAUGCUGAAUCAACAAUUCCUCAGGUUCAGAAGCUGACAAAGCAUCAACCAUCUAUGAAAGUACGUAUACUAGCCCUACAAUGCCUGGGUUUGAUGACAACACUACCUCACCACAUUCUCUUCCCAUUCAAGUCAAAGAUUCUACAUACACUAGGAGAAGUGGUUGAUGAUAAAAAGAGGUUGGUCAGGAAGGAGGCAGUGAAAGCUAGGACUGAAUGGUAUUUGCUUGGUGCUCCAUCUACAAAGACCUGAUGCUGAUGGUAUUGCGGUACAUCCUUUGUUGAAUCUGUACCUCUUCUGGCUGGAUCUGUGGAUAAACUACACCAUUAGACAAUCCCCAGUGUUCAACUUGAGUGUGUGAUCAAGAGAGAAAUAACAUAUAGAAGGAUGAGAUUGCUUUAAUUCGGCCUUCUGGUAAUGCGCUGUUGAAUUGUGCAUAUUUUAGAAAAUAUAGCACUUGGCUUAGUGUUACACUAACAAUUCUGAUUCCCUCUUGAGUGUUGAAGUUUCACACUUAGAGUGUGUUUCAAGUAGUGACAUCUUUAAAUUGUGUUGAAAUGCAUAUCAGCCUUUUCAGAAUCUUACAGAAAGUAACUGGUUCAUCGUCGUCUACCCAGGAGACCUUAUUUGUGGGUUCAUGAAGACUGGGAAUGACCUCCCAAUGUAGCAUGUCGCUAUCUACAUAUGAAAGUGAACCUCUAUUUAUAAACAUCAGAAGGAUUGCUGAAAAUUAUUGAUCAAUAGAUAAUUCAAAAUUUUGUAAAAAACGCUAGGAACAAUGGAAUAUAAAAUUUCUGUCGUAAUCAAUCAAUAUAACGACUUCAGGAUAAAGAAAGAUGUGAGGAAUUACGUUUAUGAAGAUAUAGACAACAUUGAUUGGUUGUACUGAGAUCUCAUCCUUUAGGGCCUUGAAAACCUAUGAAAACAAAAAUAGAAUCACCUCGAAACUAAUUCAAUAACCCAGGCACUCAGGCAGCAGAGUUAAGAAUGCACAAUUGUAUUCUGAGUGUUUUUAAUGCAUAUAACUUAUAAAUAAAAAACAAAUAACGAACAUACA